CAUACCCUCCCUGUCCCACUCCCGUCUCGCGUCAACGCAACAACCGCCGGGGUGUGGACGUGUGCGCAGUGACGUCGUGCGCGAGACGACCAAAUCCUCUAGGUUCUUGGACCUGGCCGACCUGCCGUUGCCCACUGCCGCGCCCGCGCCUCCUUUUCUCCGUCCCAGCCCAGCCGGCACGUCAGCUCCGCACGAUGCUGCCGCGCCGUUAUAUACGCCAGCUCCGCGACCCGGGUCCUCCUGCCCGUCUCAUCCCCCACGAUUCAAAACGGCCGUGCGCACCAACUAUAACCUGCGACAGCGGCUCCUUUUGCGAUCCAUCGGCCAUGUGCACUCCCGCGGCGUGCCGCGGGCGCGUGCGCAUCAACGUCGGCGGGCGGGUGUUCGAGACGACGGCCGCCACGCUCUCCAGCGCGGGGCGGGACACCAUGCUCGGCGCCAUGGUGGACGCCUCCUGGAACGCGUGCCCCGACGGCGCGGCCGAGUACUUCAUCGACCGCGACCCGGCGUGCUUCGCGGUGCUGCUGGACCUCCUCCGCACGGGGGCGCUCCACGUGCCGCCGGGCGUCCCCGAGGCGACGCUCUACCGCGAGGCGCUCUACUACGGCCUCCUGGACCGCGUCCGCGCCGCGCGCCUCGGGGAGCUGGACGGCGACCGCGUCCGCCUGGCGGCGUCCGUGCCCGGGCGCGCGCCGGGGGACGGCACGGCCGUCCGCGCCGCGCCCGACGGCGGCUGCUGCGUCGCGCACGGCGGCGCCGUGCGCGUCUACAACUGGAUGCUCGAGGAGCGCCGCCCCGUGUGCCUCGCCCACGCGCCGGUCAACGACGCGGCGUACCUGGACGCCGCCACGCUCCUGGUCGCCGCGCGGGAGCGGCCCGGCCGCCGCGACGGCCACGACGGCGGCGUGGCCGCCUUCUCCGCGCUCACGGGCGGCCUGCGCCACCGCUUCCGCGUCGCGCACGCCCGCCAGCCUCGGUCGUUCACCGCCGGCGCCCUGGCCUUCGACGGGGGAGGAGGGUCAGGGUGCGCCGUCUUCGCGAGCUGCAAGGGCCGGCUCAACGAGUACGGCGUCGGCGUCUGGGACCGCAACACGGGCGAGCAGGCCGACUUCUUCUACGAGCCGCCCGGCUGCGCGCUAGGCGACGCCGACAGGCUCCAGUGGCUGGACGGCACCGGCGCGCUCAUGGUGGCCACGAUGUUCCCGCGGGCCGACUCCUCCUCCAUCAGCCUGCUCGACUUCAGGGACAGGAGCGUCGUCUGGUCGUGGUCCGACGUCGGCACGCCGGCGUCGCUCGAGGACAAGCACGCGGUACACGCCGUCGCGAUGGAGGACGGGAGGUCGGUGUGCGUGAUCAACCAGUACGACGACCUCGGCUUCCUCGACCUCCGGAGCAGCGCCGGCGGCGUGCGGUGGCGAUCGCGGAGCAAGCUGGCGGCGGGCGGGAAGGCGAAAGCGCUCGGCGAGGAGGUCUGUUACCCGAAGCUCGCCACGUACGGCGGCCAGCUGUUCGCGUCGACGGGCGACGCCAUCUCGGUGUUCAGCGGCCCCGACCACGUGCUCACGUCGACGCUGCGCCGCAGCGAAGGCGGCGCCAUCUGCGACUUCUCCAUCGGCGGCGAUCGCAUCUUCGCUCUGCACAGCGACGAGAAUGUCUUCGACGUAUGGGAGACGCCGCCGCCGGCGAUCAUCUGACCGUGUCACGGCAGGAUUAGCCGUGUUUCUCUUGCUCGUUGGUGGUAGUAGUAAUUGGUAAAAGGAAUUACUGACACAGGUUUCGACAGAAAACACACAACACACACAUAGUACUGUAACUUGCUCAUCGUUGUGAUGACACUGGUUCUUUUGCUUGUGGAAAGGAAUAUGGAUAUCAGUGGAGCACACACAGUAUUGUCAUUAUCGACAAACGCCUUUCUUU